GCCCCACCCACAUAUUUCUGUAAACCACCUUGCGUAUGGAAGUAUGGCGGCACCAGCGACUCCACUACUACUCGGCCAAAGUUUAUUGCUCAGAUUUUCACGUGAAAGCGAUGAAUAAGUACGCGAACCGGGGGCUCGGCAACGAAGAGCUCGGCGACUGUAAACAGAGGAAAGCGUCUGCAGAAAGAGUCGUCGGUGUCCGGCCGGCAGAGCUUCCUCGAUUUGUCUUCACCUCCUUGAUUGAAGUGCCUUUAGUCCGGGUACCACAGGGGAAGAAACUCCGCAAGACGGGAAGAGUGGACACGGAAGUUUGAAACAAACUGAACACUCUGCCUUUGGAAAGACUACCUGUAAAGCAUUAUCUUCUGGCGACCAGAGAUGUUUUCUGAGACAUUUAAGUGCACUUGACCGACGUUUAUGACCAGCGUGUAAACAGCGACCCAGCGAGAUCCAACUGUUGAGUGCUCGCUGCGCUGCAUACCACCAGCUAACGUUAGUUAGCUUCCAUGGCUACCUUCAACAUUAGCUUGAGGUCGCCUGCUAACCAACGAUAUAACUGUUUCUAUGGCCGCGUUACUUUGAAAUGCCUUUCUUUGACCUCUGAAGCACCCAAGCUCCAUUAAUGCACUAUAAACAGAGACAUACUGGAGUAAUACGGAUCUGCAUUGGUGACCUGCAUCACCCACACUCCAGGAGAGGACAGACUGAUCCAGGGAAAGGGGUUCUUGUCCUCUCCCCAUCCCCUCCCUGCCUGGUGGCCCACUGUUGGAGGGUGAGCAACUGAGACCAGCUUGGAGAGUCCCGGCUGUGGCCUGGCACCCUGCCCUUAUGGGGCAGCAGCCGGGGAAGUUUGUAGGGGACCAGAGGAGACCCAGUCUGCCGGCCUUCAUCAAGGGUGGGAGGAGGGAGUCGUCACGCCAUGGGACGCAGCCCUGUAACGUUUUUGCUGUGCACGAAGCUCUGCAGAGACCAGACUUCGAGAGUCAGGGUUUGACAGAAGCAGCCCGCUGGAACUCCAAAGAGAACCUGUUGGCAGGACCCAGCGAGAAUGACCCCAACCUGUUUGUCGCGCUCUAUGACUUUGUGGCCAGUGGCGACAACACACUCAGCAUUACCAAAGGAGAGAAGCUGCGUGUGCUGGGUUACAACCACAACGGCGAGUGGUGCGAGGCACAGACCAAGAAUGGCCAGGGUUGGGUGCCGUCAAACUACAUCACUCCAGUCAAUAGCCUGGAGAAGCACAGCUGGUACCAUGGACCCGUGUCACGCAAUGCGGCAGAGUACCUGCUCAGCUCGGGCAUCAACGGAAGCUUUCUGGUCCGAGAGAGUGAGAGCAGCCCUGGUCAGAGGUCCAUUUCUCUGCGGUACGAGGGGAGAGUCUACCAUUACAGGAUUAACACUGCGUCUGACGGCAAGAAACUCUUUUUCUUCCAGCUGUACGUCUCGUCAGAAAGCCGUUUCAACACACUGGCGGAGCUGGUGCACCACCAUUCCACGGUGGCAGACGGCCUCAUCACCACACUGCACUACCCGGCGCCGAAGCGCAACAAGCCCACCAUCUACGGAGUUUCUCCCAACUACGACAAGUGGGAGAUGGAGCGCACUGACAUCACCAUGAAGCAUAAGCUGGGAGGGGGCCAGUACGGGGAGGUGUACGAGGGGGUUUGGAAGAAGUACAACCUCACUGUGGCAGUCAAAACACUAAAGGAGGAUACAAUGGAGGUGGAGGAGUUUCUGAAGGAGGCUGCUGUCAUGAAAGAAAUCAAACACCCCAACUUGGUACAACUAUUAGGUGUGUGCACACGGGAGCCACCAUUCUACAUUAUCACGGAGUUCAUGACCCAUGGUAAUUUACUAGACUACCUGAGGGAGUGCAACAGAGAGGAGGUCAAUGCCGUCGUGCUGCUCCACAUGGCCACACAGAUCUCCUCUGCCAUGGAGUACCUGGAGAAAAAAAACUUUAUUCACAGGGACCUAGCUGCACGUAACUGCCUGGUCGGGGAGAACCACCUUGUGAAGGUUGCAGACUUCGGCCUUAGCAGACUGAUGACUGGAGACACCUACACAGCUCAUGCUGGGGCCAAGUUCCCCAUCAAAUGGACCGCCCCGGAGAGUCUGGCCUACAACAAGUUCUCUAUUAAGUCUGAUGUCUGGGCAUUUGGAGUUCUGCUGUGGGAGAUCGCCACCUACGGCAUGUCCCCUUACCCCGGCAUUGACCUGUCGCAGGUGUACGAGCUGCUGGAAAAAGAUUACCGCAUGGACCGACCAGAGGGCUGCCCCGAGAAGGUCUAUGAGCUCAUGACAGCCUGUUGGAGGUGGAACCCUUUAGAACGUCCAUCUUUUGCUGAAACACACCAAGCCUUCGAGACGAUGUUCCAGGAGUCCAGCAUCUCCGACGAAGUGGAAAAGGAGCUGGGCAAGAAAGGGAAGAAGGCGACAUUAGGCUCCAUCCAGCAGGCUCCAGAGCUGCCUACCAAAACCAGAAUCCUCCGCAAAAACACGGACAACCGGGAUGGAGACAGUCCCGACCCAGUGGACCCAGAGGCAGCUGUGUCGUCACCCAUGCUCCCCAGGAAAGAGCGCCCCCUCCUGGACAGUAACCUGAACGAGGAUGACCGCUUGCUACCCAAAGACAAGGACAAGACACGUGGCAGUGGCUUUCUCAGUCUCAUCAAGAAAAAGAAAAAGAAUGCACCCGCUCCACCCAAACGCAGCUCCUCUUUCAGGGAGAUGGAUGUCCACCAUGACAGGAGGGGCGUGACUCCAGAUCCUCGGGACAGUGACAGCUUCAACAACGGUGCAUCUUUGGCCAUUAAUGAUGUCACACAUGGCCUUGAUAAUGCAAAGUUCCUGAGCACUAACAAUAAUGGGGCAGGGGGGAUCACCAAUGGAGCUCCUACCUACCCGGGACCUUUGUUUCCCAGGAAGAAGGGAGGUCCUGCAGUGCCUGGUCCUGGAGGAAAAGCAGCUACAACACCGCCCAGUGAGGAGGAGUCCAUGUCUAACUCGAAGCGUUUCCUCUGGUCCUCUAGCAUGCCCACCAGCUCAGACGGCACUGAAUGGAAGUCUGUGACACUGCCAAGAGACGUCGGCCAGCGCCACUUUGACUCAGGCACCUUUGGGGGGAAGCCAGCUCUGCCUCGCAAGAGAACCAGCGAGCAAAAAGGGGAGAACGCCCCGCGAAUGGGCACCCUUACUCCCCCACCACGUCUGAACACCUCAUCAGAUGUUUCCUCUGCCUUCUUAGGCAAAGACACUGACCCCAGUCCUGGUUCCAGUCCCCAGGCAUUAACACCUAAGGUUGUCAGGAGACCAGGGAUACCGGGGCUUGAGAACUCCAAGACCAGCGCCCUCCACGCUGAGCUCCUCAAGCCCAACGUGUUCCCUGCUUUAGGGGCAGCUGGAGACGAGUGCCGGGCCCGCAGACAGAAGCACACUGUGGACUCUUCAUCUGUCAGGGAACGAGGAAAGUUACAGAAACCCAAGCCGGCCCCACCUCCACCACCCGCCAAUGCCAAAAAGAUUUCCCGCAGCCCUACUCAAGAACUCCCGUCCCUCUCAUCCUCCAACUCAGACAGCAAAGCUAAGGGCCUCCCCUCCGUCUCAGAGCCUCACCACUCAACCACUGCAAGUGACCAAGCCCGCUCACCCAUCAGUGAGGGCUCCAAGAAGCUGCCCCUGGGCUCCACCUCCAAACCUCAACCGUUAAAGACCUCCACCUCCUCAACUUCAGUAACCACCUCCCUCUCCAGCCAGAGCCUAGGAGGCUUCUCCUCCUCCCUCUCCUCCCCCGGCGACCAGAGCUCGCCCACCGCUUUCAUCCCCUUAGUGAACACACGGCGUUCCCUCCGCAAGACGGCACCCCGCCAAGCAUCCGAGCGCACCCCGAACUCAGCCGUGACACGCGAGAUGGUGCUGGAAGGCACGGAGCUGCUCCGCACCGCCAUUUGCCGCAACUCUGAGCAGACGGGUAGCCACAGCGCCGUGCUGGAGGCCGGCAAGAACCUGUCCAAGUACUGCAUGAGCUACGUAGACUCCAUACAGCAGAUGAGGAACAAGUUUGCCUUCCGCGAGGCCAUCAACAAGCUCGAGAGCAGCCUGCGCGAGCUGCAAAUCUGCCCCACCGCCACAGGGGGCGCCAACGCACAGCAGGACUUCAGCAAGCUGCUGUCCUCUGUCAAAGAGAUCAGUGACAUUGUUCAGAGGUAGCGCCGUAAAAAUCUAAAACUACCAAGAUAUGAAACUUUAACGAACUGUAUCUUACACUAACCUUUAUUCUGAGCAUGACCUGUGGUUCAUCCUGAGCUCAUGUUGGCUCUGAGGAAAAAGAGCAGCAGCAGAGUUUACACUACAGACACUCUGAAACACUUAAGCCUGUGGUUACUGCGGAUGGAAUCAAAGGAACCUCCCUGUAGACGUCUUCAGGCAGAGGUUGCAAUAUUUGAAAGCCUUAACCAUGAAUGAACAGUCUUGUGGCCUCAGUGAGAGGCUCGGGGCCAAUUCUUUAUCAACAUGACUUUUCACCAAUCAUUUCUGAAAUGAUCAUGUCUUACAUAUUCUAGUUGUGUUUUACCCUUUAUCGAUGACACAAGUGGGAAAAAAAAAAAAGAAUAAAAGGCCUGUGAUAUUUGUUUCCAUCACUGUUAGUGCCGAUGACAAUGAGCAAAAACAAAAUGGCUAACCUCAUCUUGUUCUAGGAUGCCUUCUAACACUUAAAUGACCGAUUUCUCCUAUUCAGUGUUCACCUGUAAGCAUUAGGGAGCGUCUGGAACGGCCGUGUUUGUGACCCCAACGCCUCUGUCCAACACAUCCCAUUUUUCCGCAACUUUGCACCAUGUCAUCAGUGAUUGGUUGUGUGCUGACUGAGUGAUGAAAAUGUGUCGGUGUUUGUUCCGUAUGAAUGCUUUGUUUUUCGCAGUAUUUGCAACCAUGUGCCAUAAGAUAAUAAUGGGAGCAAGUGAACGAGGCAGAAUGAGCCUCUGGCCUUCACCUUCUUGCUUCACUGCACACUUGGGUAACAAAUAGUGCCUUAAACACUAUUAGCAGAGCUGUUGCAGAAAUGGCUGUGUUGAUUUGUUUAUUGGAUUUACAAUGUUUGAUUGCCAUACCAAAAAAAAACCUUAAGUCUCCAGUCUAAACUGGAGAGGGACCAGGGUGCACGAUCUGCAACUCAGUAGAUCGGACUGUCGUUAAUGUUGUCCUUAGACUGGACCUUUUUAUUAUUAUUAUUAUUUUUUUUAAUACAAGUUAGAUUUUUCUACAUGCCAGUCACAAAAGCCAUCCGUAGCAGCUCGGCCUUGCAGCAGCAGCAGCAUGCUGUUUUAUCUGUGUUUCUCCGAACAUUUGCCUGAAAGAGUUGGUCUUGAUGGAGGGUUUAUGUCACAUGGUCUAAAUGCUGUUUCAGAGGCCUUUCCACCCCAGCAGAGAAAAAAAAGAAUAUAUCCUGGGGGAAACACUGGACUGAAAUGUUAAUGGAUUUGUCACUUGCUGUCUUACAAAAUAAUGUAUAAGUGAGAAGCUGACCAUUAUGGACUAGGAAAAAAAAAAAAAAAAAAAAGAAAUUCCACUCUAACAUCAUACGUUCCUUUAUGCUCAUCUGUAGCUCUUGGACAUUUUCAGUAUUUGUGCUGUAGUCUUCUCACCCCACGUGCCCCGUCUGACUGCGAUGCCUGACACAAGUCAACCGCAAGCUGCCUUGACUUCAACAUGGUACUGUCAAUGUUGGCUCUGUUUAUUUUUUAUUUUAAUUAUUCCUCCCCAUUACCAACCAUACCACUACUCUACUUUUUGUGUCUAAGCCUCCUCACCAAUUUUGUAGACAAACUUUGCUUUUCCUUUGUAAAUAUGUUUUCCUUUUUCCUAUUUGUUUUUCUCUCUCUAGCCUUGGUGCAAUUAUUGUUGCAAUAAAAUACAAAGCAGUUGUGCUACUUGAAAUACA